CCCAGUCCAGGCUCUGUGCUAUGCCUUACUCCUGGAGUGUGUGAGCCCCUGUGUGUAUGUAUGCGUGUGCGUGUUUACGCGCACGCGCGCGCGUGUAAGUGUGCUCCCUUAUGGGUGAGUGUGUGAGUGUGUGUGUGCGUGUGUGUGUGUGUGUGUGUGUGUGUGUAUGUGUGUGAGUGUGUCGGUCUACAGGUAGCAGCAGCGGCGGAGGCAGGGAGCUGAAAGCCAGUGGAAGAAGUCCGCUAACUGCAGCAGCAGCAGUGGCAGCGGCAGCAGCAGCAGAAGCAGCGGCACCAGCACCAUCACCAUCACCACCACUAACACCACUACCAGCAGCAGCAGCAGCAGCAGCCUGGCUCUUGCCUCCUUGCUACCGCUGCCUUUGAGCCGACGACUGCUCACUUUGCCGAAGCUGCCUGCUAGAGCCCGAGUGAGAGCUUCAGCCCGGCAGCCAGCGCUCUCAACUCGCCCACCGCCUCCUCUUGCGUGUGGAAAGCGGUGGCCAGGCUCAAGUGAGGGGGAGAGCUAGGUGGAUUGCGAGUUUGGCUUGCCUUGGUUUCGCACCCCCUCCGCCCCAACCCCCGAUCUGCUGGGGGAAUCCUGUCUCUGGCACCAGGUCUCUUUUCGGAUCCCUGGUGCUUGCCAAGUUUUCCACUCCUCCCCUUCGGUUUCCAGUCGCCAGGGACAAUCUGGGGUCCUUCCCGGCUCCGGAUUUCUAUCCAGAUCGUGGCUCCCCAGCCCCAGCUCUCUCCUUCCUCAGCUCUCUGUCUAUCUGUGUAUGCCUAUCUGCCUCGAUAUUUAUUGAGCGACAGCACCAACGUCCCCGUACCCCUCGGCAUGCCUACGGGCAGCUUUUUCGCCUGGUUUUCUUGGGAUCCAGAAUGGCUCGGAGCUAAUGGAGAACGAGGAGAACAGUGUUAAUAUCAGGCUUUGGCAUUCGUUGUCAAGGGGAAGGGGCCCGAAGAAUGGUCUAAGAGGCGGCCCUUUUUCAGCUCCCCGUUAAGCAGCACCAAGUACGAGGUGCUGGGAGGCUGCAGAGCAGGGGCGCACGGGGCUGGUGGAGUGGCAAGGAUAUCAACCUGCCGCUAACUGGAUUUGAUUGAUCAGAGGGGAAUCCAAAAUAAAUGGCUACUCGCACUGUUCUGCUGCUAUGGAAAAUGGAACUCCAGUGGCUAAUGGGAUAUGGUUUGAUAAAGAACAUCAAGUAAAGAUGUUUCAAAAAGUGUGAAAUCAAUGGAAGAUCUUUGCUGUUUGAAAAGCUUUUGGAGAUUAUCCUGACAGGCUCUCCUAGAAUCCGGAGGAUACUUGCCUUCUUCGGCUGUCUCAUUUUUCACGAGUGGAUACAAAUACUAUUAUUUCCUUGUCAACUCCACACCUCAUGUGGGACCAUGGCCCUGCCAACAUCCAUGUGGCUGAACUGUGCAUGGAAAGCAGGGGUGGCACAUCUUGUACCCCGGGGAUUAGAUGCCACACUGGCCCUGUGCAUCUUUGGAUAUUUGCUUCAGGCCUCUGCUGUGUCCUCCCAAAAGCUGGAUGAUGUUGACCCACUGGUGACGACCAACUUUGGCAAAAUAAGAGGGAUUAAGAAGGAACUCAAUAAUGAAAUUUUGGGGCCUGUGAUUCAGUUUCUUGGGGUUCCAUAUGCUGCCCCACCCACAGGGGAACGCCGUUUUCAGCCUCCUGAACCCCCAUCCUCUUGGUCGGACACCAGAAAUGCUACUCAGUUUGCUCCUGUGUGUCCGCAGAACAUUAUCGAUGGCAGGUUGCCAGAAGUGAUGCUUCCUGUAUGGUUUACUAAUAAUUUGGAUAUAGUUUCUUCUUAUGUACAAGAUCAGAGUGAAGAUUGCCUCUAUUUAAAUAUCUAUGUCCCAACAGAGGAUGUAAAAAGAAUAUCCAAGGAAUGUACAAGAAAACCCGGCAAGAAAAUUUGUAGAAAAGGAGGUCCCCUUACAAAGAAACAGACAGAUGAUUUAGGGGAUAAUGACGGAGCUGAAGAUGAAGAUAUUCGGGACAGUGGGGGCCCCAAACCUGUGAUGGUGUACAUUCAUGGUGGCUCCUACAUGGAAGGCACAGGGAAUUUGUAUGACGGCAGUGUCCUGGCAAGUUAUGGGAAUGUGAUAGUCAUCACAGUCAACUAUCGGCUGGGGGUACUUGGUUUCUUGAGUACUGGAGAUCAAGCAGCAAAAGGGAAUUAUGGACUUCUGGAUCUAAUACAGGCUCUAAGAUGGACUAGUGAGAACAUUGGAUUCUUUGGUGGUGACCCUUUGAGAAUCACCGUUUUUGGAUCUGGCGCUGGGGGGUCAUGUGUCAACCUGCUGACUUUAUCCCAUUAUUCUGAAGGUAACCGUUGGAGCAAUUCAACCAAAGGACUCUUUCAACGGGCAAUAGCUCAAAGUGGAACAGCUCUCUCCAGCUGGGCUGUUAGCUUCCAGCCUGCAAAAUAUGCCAGGAUGUUGGCUACAAAAGUUGGCUGCAACAUGUCUGAUACUGUAGAGCUAGUUGAAUGUCUACAGAAGAAGCCUUAUAAAGAACUUAUUGACCAAGAUAUCCAACCAGCUCGAUACCACAUAGCCUUUGGACCAGUAAUUGAUGGUGAUGUCAUACCAGACGACCCUCAAAUAUUGAUGGAGCAAGGAGAAUUCCUCAACUAUGAUAUAAUGUUGGGUGUUAACCAAGGGGAAGGAUUAAAAUUUGUAGAAAAUAUAGUAGAUAGCGAAGAUGGAAUUUCAGCUAGUGAUUUUGACUUUGCUGUCUCCAAUUUUGUUGAUAAUUUAUAUGGAUACCCUGAAGGCAAAGAUGUUUUGAGGGAGACUAUUAAAUUUAUGUAUACAGACUGGGCAGACCGACAUAAUCCUGAGACUAGGCGGAAGACCCUGUUGGCUUUAUUUACUGAUCAUCAGUGGGUGGCACCAGCAGUGGCCACAGCAGACCUUCAUUCAAACUUUGGUUCACCUACAUACUUCUAUGCCUUCUACCAUCAUUGCCAAACAGAUCAAGUUCCAGCUUGGGCUGAUGCAGCUCAUGGAGAUGAGGUUCCUUAUGUGUUGGGAAUCCCCAUGAUUGGUCCAACAGAGUUGUUUCCUUGUAAUUUCUCUAAAAAUGAUGUGAUGCUGAGUGCAGUGGUGAUGACUUAUUGGACAAAUUUUGCCAAAACUGGUGAUCCAAAUCAACCUGUCCCUCAAGACACAAAAUUUAUCCACACAAAGCCUAACCGUUUUGAAGAGGUAGCAUGGACCAGAUAUUCACAGAAAGAUCAACUCUAUCUCCAUAUCGGAUUAAAACCAAGAGUGAAGGAGCAUUAUCGGGCCAAUAAGGUGAACCUCUGGCUGGAGCUGGUACCUCAUCUGCACAAUCUCAAUGACAUUUCUCAGUAUACCUCUACUACAACUAAAGUGCCCUCAACUGAUAUUACCUUCAGGCCAACGAGGAAGAAUUCUGUACCUGUCACGUCAGCCUUUCCUACAGCCAAGCAAGAUGAUCCCAAGCAGCAACCAAGUCCAUUCUCCGUGGAUCAACGGGACUACUCCACAGAAUUGAGCGUGACCAUUGCCGUUGGGGCAUCUUUGCUAUUCCUCAAUAUCUUAGCCUUUGCCGCUCUCUACUACAAGAAGGAUAAGAGAAGACACGACGUGCAUAGGAGAUGCAGCCCUCAACGCACGACGACCAAUGACCUUACCCACGCACAAGAAGAGGAGAUAAUGUCCCUCCAAAUGAAGCACACAGACUUGGAUCAUGAAUGUGAGUCUAUCCAUCCACAUGAGGUGGUUCUCCGGACCGCCUGUCCCCCAGACUACACACUAGCUAUGAGGAGGUCUCCUGACGAUGUUCCCUUAAUGACCCCCAACACCAUCACAAUGAUUCCCAACACUAUACCAGGAAUCCAGCCCUUACACACGUUCAACACAUUUACUGGAGGACAGAACAAUACUCUGCCCCAUCCCCACCCCCACCCCCACUCACAUUCAACAACCAGGGUAUAGCCAGACAAGAUGAAACAAACUCUAUUUUUUGACGGAUUACAGUAAGCAAUUACUGGGGAUUGCUUGGCUUUCAACCUACAAAGACUUACUAUUUAAAUAAGGAGGAAUAUUAUGUGAAUAUACAUAUCAAGAACUUUUGAGGUUUUGAAAAAAAUGAAUUGUAUAUAGUUACACAAAUGAACCUAAAAAACUGAUCUCGAUUGCUUGAAGCAGUUGUUCUGAAUGAUACUUUUUUCAUUCGCAUUCAAGUAUUAAUUUUUUGAAGAUUUGAGUUACUUAAUGGAAUUAGGCAUGUGCAACACCAAACAGGAAAGAACUAUGACUGAAAUUUAAAGAACAAAAAAAAUCUAUAAAUAUGCACAAGGGACACACUAAUGGAAUGUCAGAUAAUUUUCACCAGUUUUUAUUUGGAACUGUUUUCUUGUGUAAUCCAUAUUAACUUAUUUGGAUAAAUACACAAAAACACCAGUGCUGUUAACGGCCUUAGUAGAGCAAGGCUCAUGCUGAAACCUGCUGGUCAAACAGCAAAGUGAAGCCUGGCAGGGUCAACAUUUUCACAUAAGUGCUGUCAGUAUAAAUUGGUGGGGGAUCUAGGAGACUGGGGAUUUUUAGCACGAUGUGCAUGAUCAUUGAUAUGCUUGGUGGCUGUGCUGCUGAUUAAGCUGCAAUUAAAAUUCUUCUCAUCCCAUUGGAGUUUUUUCAUAGAAGCUUCCUCCAUCAAUUGGCAGAAUCCAAAGAAGAUUUGUAAGGGGGGCAGAAGUUAUUGCAAUAGGAUCAUUUAGAGUAGCUUCUGGAAUAGAAGGUGUUAGUUAUGAAAAGUAGCUGAUGAAACUAUAGGGAUAGGGGUGAACACUCGCUGAUAGGAAUCCCAGAGAGAAAACAAAACAACUUUCUGUAUUUUUAAUGUUCUUUUAUGUUUUCAUCUAAAUAAUUUAUAGACAUAUUACCCAAAUGGGACUUGUGUUGAAGGAUUUAUAAUUUGCCGUGCUUUGGUUAAAACUGUAUUUUGUUCCUCUUGGUAAGGUGAAGUGUGUCCAAAGAUUUAUUUACAAUGGUAUUUUAUGAUAUAAGGAUGCCCCAAUAUUGCCACUCUGAUUACAGCUCUCGAUUCUUGAUUUACUCAUGUUGCAUGACAAAAUGUUUACUAAUACUAUUUCGAUAAAAAAGUCACAUUCCUCCUCACAUUUCAUAUCGUUCUCACUGAAGUCCAUUCACCAGAAUUUGCUGAUGAGAUCUCUAGCUAGCAUCCAGCGUAGAUAGAGAGGUUCGACAAGGAGAGUCACCCAAACUGGAGGGGUUUAGUCAUUCCUAUAUGUGUGAUUUUCAGCGAUUGUUCUAAGAUCACAGGAAACUCUCCAUUCCCCCCGUUGUUUACCAGUACCAGUAUAUCACAGACCUUUCCAAAUGUUUGUAUAUGUAAUCAGAUGUACAUUUAUAUUAAAAGAAAAAAAAUGAGAUGGACUUAAGAGCACAUCCCUGAUAAAUACUUUCUCUCUGACCUGUACUAUAUUUCUAUUAGACUAAAGUUAUGUGAUUUUUUUUUACAUUUUUUCAGAUUACUAGCAAUUUUGAUAGUUUGUAAGAUAAUGCAAAGAACUUUCUCUGACAAACUAACUGCAGUAACAGAAACAUUUCUUUUUCAGUUACUCUUUUUCAAGAAUGAAAGCUUAUUACACACACAAAAAAAAAUUGUAUACUACUUAAUGGAAAUUACUUUGUACUUCUUGGCCAUGUUCCUGGCCACUGAGUGAAAUAAAGAUAAUCUGGAUAAUGAUUAUUAUUCCAAUGCUAAGAGACCUGAAUCUUUGCUCAUUAAAGAGCUAAAAUGUUCCUUGCUGUUUUGUCAUUUUUUAAAAAAAAACCACAAAAGUAAUGAUGACAGCUUAACGAGUCAUCUCACUAGACUAGUUAGGUUUUUGAAGACCACCAUGUGACUUCUACGAGUCAAUUCAAUUCCACAAAUAUUUAGUGAGUGCUUCCUGGUAUAAGAAAAAAACCUGGGUUGGGUGCUGGGUAUACAAAGGCUAAAACAAUAUCAUAUGAACUCAAUGCAUAAACAAAUUAAUAAAUAUCAAAUAUAUUCAGAGUAAUGUAAAGUCACUACAAGAGGGAGAAAGUGUUAGCCACUUGGAGAGGAGCAUCAGGAAAGAACUCAUUGAAGAGGUAGCAAGCAAGCUGUGCUUUAAGGGAUUCUAACAAGGCACAGUUGACUCAAGGGUGGGCACUCUAGAAGAUGGAAAGAUGCUGGGAGCCAGGCACCUUGAAUUCAGUUCCUCAUAAAAAGCUGAAGGUGAUGAGCUUAUCACCCUCAGAAAGUAUCAGUGGCAUGGGUCCUCUAUUGUGCAGAUCUCUGUUAUUCAAACAAGAUAAUAUGUCCCUAACUACAAAUAUGAUGAAAAAAAAAGUCUCCAUUUUUUGGUCAUCUGGGAAGAGGUUGAUUGAAAUAAAUGGCUUUUGUGUUGUGGAAUGGAAAUGGCCUGUUUAUAAUAGAAGGUGAUUAAACUUUCAUAUAAUAGUGGGUGAAAAGUUAUCCUUCUAAGAGGAUCUAUGAGCACUGACAAAGACAUUAAACCAGACACUAAAAAAUAAAAACCACCAUCUUUCACGCUUCCUUUCUUUUUCAAUGCUUUCUCAAGCAUCGUCACCACCUCCCAAAAAAAAUAAUGAAUCUAUCAUUAGGAUUUUGUGUGUACAUUAUUCUCUAUUUAUAAAUGAAAGUUUCCAGUAGAAGUAUCAAAUGGAAAACUGUCUUCAAAAUCCAAUGGUCUCUGUGCAGUUACUGGCCGUUGUGGUUGUGUGUUUAGACUGUGAACCAUCAUUGUUAACAAAUCAAGAGAAUUGUUUGCCAUCUGAAAUACCGAUUCAGAGGAAGAAUGCAUUUUUCUAUGUUCAUUAUUCAAAAAAAUAAAAAUUAAUGCAAACUUUCAAGACCAUAACAUGAGAUCUGAGUAAAUAAGUAUGAUUUUUUUUGGCGUUUUUUUGUAACUUUGGCAGAACCAAAGUCACAUUCUGUAAUAUUUUAAUGGUGGCCACAUAUCCAUUUCUCACCUUCUAGCUACUUGUUAAAUUGUAUAUAUUUAUGUAUCAUGUCUGAUACCGGUUUUAUUUUUUCUUCUUAUGGGAAGAAAUGAUUUCGAAUAACAGAACAUGAUCCUACAGUUUUCUUCUUUUGAAACUUUUGAUUUCUGUUGUCCUAAAGUUAUCAUAUUGUACAAGGUAAAGAUGACAUAAAUUUGGCAAUUGUUUUUAAAAAUCCACAUGAUUCUGGUAUGAUGAAUAAGACUGCAGAUGCUUGGUAAUACUGACAGCCAUGGAUUUUCUGCCAAUAAAAUGGUGUCCCAAUUGAAUCAAUCAUUAAAAAUGUUUUUAAAGAUGAAACACAAUAGGAGAGUAAGGAAUAUUUUUAAUGUUUUCUUUAGCAUUCCAAUGAAUUUGUGAAAUCAAUGAUGAAGAUACUCCAUCUAAUGAAACAGAUCAGUAUCUCUUACAAUAUUUUAAUUCAUUCAAUGACAAUUUUCACUUGAAAUUUAGAUUUUUUUCCAAAACAAAGCAGAUUGUGAGCAAUCACAUAAUGUACUCAAUGUCUUUUUGAAUUUAUUAACUAUGUUGGAGUUUCUGUCCCCUUCCAUGGUAUCUAGACCUGGAAGGAUCUUAGUAGGUCACAGACCAGGAGAAGCUAAAUGAUUUGACUAAGGUCAUGCAGAUACUAAGUGCCCAAGGCAGAAUUUGAACACAAUUUUCCUGACUACACGUAUGGCUAGUCCAUCAAAAAACCUACUGAGAGCUUACUAUGUAUGAGGCAUUUUGCAAAACUAGAGAACAGAAACCACUCUAUACAUUACUCCCUGCUGCCUCUCAAUGAGACAAGUACAAAUAAGCAAGGUUAUUUAGAAAUGGAAUUCAAAAUUUAAAAACCAAGAAAUACACUGCUUUCAUUUCCAUCUUUCUUUAUUGUAUACAUUUAUUUUUCCAAGUUAUUCUAGAAGAUUUGUGGAGUUGCUUUAGAAAAUUCAGGUGGGAACAGGGAAGAGUCUUUUUUAUGUUUUUCUUUGUGUUUUGCUGAAUAUGCUAAUGAUGUCAAAUCUAGUUUCAAGUAGCUCUGAUCCUGAAACAAUGACAGGCACAUGAUUUCAUCUGGUCAUUUGGGUGCAAAAGCAUUGAAAUACCCAAUAUAUUACCUUAUAGAGUUUGAACUAAAAGUUUGUGAUUGGAAGUCUCAGUAAAACAAUGGUUUUUCACUUCUUCUUCCUGGUUGAAAAUGUCCAGGCUAGUUUUAACAUUGCUCUAGCUAUAUAUUUUAAUUGGCACAUUUUGAAAUUAGACAGCUGCAGAACAAGGAACUAAGCCAUCUAUAUGUCAGAUCUUUCCUAUAAGUAAACAAGAUGGGAUUAUUUGUUUAUGCUCCAAAAAAAGCCUUACGUCUCCAAUGUUUCCUCUUUUAAUGAGUGUACCAUUUAUAUUUAUGCUUAUAUGAAAAACAGUAUUCUUGACCAAGUGAAAAGAACCUGAAUAUGUUAUCAGUGUGCUGCAGUUUGAAACACAGUGCUUUGUAGGAAUUACUGGAAUUCUUUGCCUUGUGAUUUUCACUGAAAUAUUUUCAGAGGCAAAAUGGCCAAAAGAAUUCAUAGGAAGCUGUCAACCAUCAUGGCGGCUCUUUGAUGUUUGUAAUUUUGUUUUCUUAUGUACUAUUAGUUCAAAGUAUUGGCCUUCUCCUCCUUUUCCAGUAAUUAGUUGUUAUAGGCUAUCACUUUUUAAUGUAAGCGAAAAUUAGAUAAUUUGGUGAUACUUGUGAAAACAUGCUCCCAAAUAAAUUCAAUUUAUGGGCA